UUCUUCGUCGCGUGGUGUCCUGCCCCCUUUCUGCAAUGUGUGUUGUUGCCCUGUCAGAGUUCUGCACAUAGUGGAAGAAGUACCGCAGCAAUUAAUACUCCACUGUUCAUGUGCUCAGGACUGGAUCGUAAACCAAAAAAAAAAAGAAGAAGAAAGAGAACUUAACCCCAUUAACCAACUUUUGGAAGGUUUUUUGCACAGAGUUUUGGUCCAUGACGGACAGCCGAGCUUGACCCGUUGGGUUAAAAAUAAAACCAUGAAGUCAGUUUGUGCCGUGCCUUCAAGCUGAGGACUUUGUGCAAGCAAGCAGGUGGCCAGCUAACUCCUUUUUGAAGGUUUAGCGGAAGCCUCCAAACAUGCCAGUAAUCCCGCCACCCCCGCCCCCGGCGCCCCCUCCACCACCACCACCACCACCUCCUCCACCACCCCCCAGCACUGCACCUCCACUGUUUCCAGCAGAGUCUGCAAAAGUCCAAUCUGGCGGAGGAGGUGGCAGGAACGCUCUGUUGGCCGACAUCCAGAAGGGAGCCAGGCUCAAGAAAGUUACGCAGGUCAAUGACCGGAGUGCGCCACUUGUGGACAAGCCCAAGGCCACAAGUGGAGGUUUGUCCGGCAAUGUUGGUGCUCCUCAGGGUUCAUUUGGAGGCACAUUAACAGCUGGGCCACCCUUAGGUGGGCUUUUUGCUGGGGGGUUUCCGACCCUAAGGCCAACCGGGCAGCGAGACUCGGCGGGCAAGACGGCAGUGUCCCGCUCGAGCUCGUCAGCUUCCCUCAAGCCACAGUGGAACACGCCAACUUUGGCCGACUUGCUCGCCCCCCUCGGAGCUGCGGGCCACCGACCGGUCGCCUCCUCCUCUGCGCCCCCCUCCCCGACUCACGCCAGCAAGCAUCUUGCUCCUCUCCCCGUGCCCGCGCCCCCUCCGCCGACAGCACCCGCCCCUCCUUCUGUCCGUCCUCCGCCCCCACCCCAAACCUUCCAGGAUCGCCCGUCCAACAAGCCUCCACCUCUGCCCUCCUGCCCUCCCCCUCUGCCCCCAUCUCAGGUCACAAGGCCCACCUGGCUCCCCAUCCAACAUCACCAAAACGCCGCCAACACCCAACUCCUGACACCACCCCCUCCUCCGCAUUACAACCCUCCCUCUCUCCCUGGGGACCGCUUUUCUUGGUCCUUCUUCCCUCUACCACCCGCCGUUGUCCUUUCUGAACCCGCAAGGUUUCCCAUCCUGCGUGACUCUAGCCCUCUAGGACCCCCGCCGCCACCGCCACCUCCCCCUCUCCCAAGUUCAUACACCCCGAGCUGCCCAUCCACCCUCCCGCCGCCGCCUCCCCGGAUUCCUGCUGUGCCUUCGCCAGCCUUACGUCAGCUACCGCCUUCAUACCCCUGCAACGCUCCAACCAGACGGCCUCCUGCUGUGCCUAGAAGUGCAGGUGCCAGUCGUCUGGCUCCUCCUCCAGCUCCUCCGGCACGUUCCCCCUCUACUGAGCUCUCCGGCCGAAUUCCUCCCCCUCCGCCGCCAUCUCCCCUGCCCCCUUCCGGCAUCAGGAAUGGACACCUGCACAGUCUGGAUGACUUUGAAUCCAAAUUCCAGUUCCACCCUAUCGAAGAUUUUCCUCCUCCGGAAGAAUUCAAGCCUUUCCCUCGCAUCUACCCAAGCAAAGAAAACAGAGUAAACGCCGCGUCUCAAGGGAUCAGGUCACACCUCAGAUGAGCUUCAUCCCACACAAUUCCUGGAUACAAAAAGGUUAGAAACCCCCUUGACAGUUACGCAAGAGCCGGGGGGGCUUCCAGUUUGGAAGCAGGCAUUGUGUUUGUUUGUAAAAAUGUGACUCGUACUACAGUGUGUGACCUCUGACCUUUUCGGGACUGGAAUGUUUUGAAUGUGAGUGAGAGGAGGACUCUCCAUGAUGCUCCUCCCCAUCGGCACAUACACGGCCUCUGGUGGCUGCCUUUCGGGGGGCUUUUGUGGCCAUUGUUUGUGUGAAACUGUUUAAGCAUUUCAUCAUGUGUACAGGAAACAAAGACAGAUCUGCACAGUGGCAAAAUCAAACAGAUCAGAGCUGAUAAAGUGUGAUUGUUUACGAGAAACUAUUUUAAUAAUGACAUUCUUCAGCUUUAACAGCCACGUCUGCACGAUUUUGGAUUCUUGUUGGGGUUAAUAACUGCUAUUGUAUGUAAGACUUUUCUAACAAAGUUGUGAAAUAUAUAGUAUUUUACUUGUAGAAUGUGAAUUAUAACUGGACUUCUACUGUGAUUUUACACUUUUGUACAUUUGGUUCUCUUUCCAAAGUACUAACCAGAACUGUGACAAUAGCACGACCUGUUGGCCAUCGGGUGGUACUGUAAAUCAUGUGAUGAAAUAACUUUUUUUUUUUUUAAAGGUCAUUUUAUUGAUCACAUUGAUUCAAAUAGACAUUGUACUAGUGGCCUUGCAACAACGCAUACAGUAGCUUCAGUCAUUUUCACCGACAAUAUGUUCAAUGUCACGCAUCCAACGGACGCACAAGUAAAUAAACAAUGAACAAGUACAGUAUGAAAGUGA